AUGGAACGUAAGGUUUUCAUUACACUUUCCAAUAGUUUAACUGCUUAUGCUGAUAAUUUACCGUCAAAUGAAGGUCGACAAUCAUUAAUUGUAUCAUUGCAUAAAGCUUAUAAGUUAUAUACUCAAGAAAAUGUUGUUGCAAUUUCACCAAUUUCAAUCAAAGAAUUAACAAAUUAUCAUGACUCUGAAUUUAUAAAUCAUUUAUUAAAGGAUAGAGAUAUCGAUGAAAAACUAAAAGAUGAUGAACGUUUUGGACUAAUGCAUGAUUGUUAUCCAUUUACGAAUAUGAAGGAAUAUAUUACAUUAGUUGCUUCUUCAAGUUUAUCAAUUGCCAGUACAGUAAUUGAGUACGGUAAUGAGAAUAUAAUUGGAAUUAAUUGGUAUGGUGGUAGACAUCAUUGUCAAAGGGCUAAAUGCGCUGGGUUUUGUUAUAUUAAUGAUAUUGUUUUAUGUAUAAAUAAAUUGAGAAGGUCAUCGGGCACUGUUUUUUAUUUAGAUUUAGAUUUACAUCAUGGUGAUGGGAUUGAAAAUGCUUUCAAAUUCAGUAAGAAGAUAAUUACAUGUUCUAUUCAUAGAUAUGAUGUUGGUUUUUACCCUGGUACUGGCAAAGAAUCAUCUGAGGGGGCAUACAAUAUUCCUACUAAGAAAGGAUUAAAUGAUGAUAACAUGAUGUGGAUUAUAAAUAAGAUUGUGUCACCAUUAAUAAAGAAGUUUAAUCCUAAAUAUCUAGUUAUACAAGUUGGCUGUGAUGGACUACAUAGUGAUAAAUACAAAGAAUGGAAUUUAACAAUUGAAGGCUAUUCAAAUAUAAUACAGAAGAUAGCUGAAACUUUCAAAAUACCGAUUAUAUUACUAGGUGGUGGUGGUUACAAUCAUACAGAAGUAGCCAAAUGUUGGACAUACAUAACUGGCAAAUUAUUAAACAAAGAUACAAAUUCUUGGGAUAUAAUACCUGAACAUACAAAGUUAGAUUCUUAUGAAGAAGAUGGUUUUAGAUUUUGGACAGAUGAAAAUUCAUCACCACGUGGAAUGAGAGAUGAAAAUGAUAUACAAUAUCUUAAAGAAUUGAAAGAAUAUAUAUUUAAUCUAUAA